GGCAGUAACUAAUCACUAUUAAGCUUAUGCUGUGAUGGAUUUGUCAUUUUCUGUGUAUUUUCAGCCUUUACUACUCAAAGAUUCAAGUUUGUUGGGAAAUAUUAUUUUCCCUUGGUCCCAUUUUAGUCGUUCACAUUUAUGCCCUGAUUGAUGCUGGAUGCACUAGAUGUUUCACUGCUGUUCUGUGCGGAGUUUCUGGACUUGAUGCAUUUGUGCUAUAUACUUUACUUCCGCCUGAGUCACUGUUAUUCUGAAGUAACAAGACGCCUUUUACUUGAGCAUGGUGUUAUUCUACUCUGUUUAAGUAAAACCCACUAUUCACCACUGAAGUCUCCUUACAGUUACCCACAUUCAUACUUUCACUCAUAUUUUCUUUCUCUCUGUGUCCAUCUGUCUGUCAGCAUGUCUGGGGCUGAAUGUCUGUACAGCUGUGAAGACCCAGCUGUGUGGAGAGGGAUUUAUGGGAAAUACUGGGCUGUGGUGGAAGCGAAGUCUGCUGGGAAAGGGAAGACUUCAGGGAAACUGUUGGCACUAGAGAAAUGGUAUCAAGAAGAGCUGCCAGUGGUCAUUUCCGCUCGGACAGAGCCCUCUCUAACAUGCACAGAACUGGUCAAACUCAUGGAGUGGAAACUGACUAGGGGGAAGUUUCGGCCCCGACUGCAGCAGCUGGUUGGCUCUAACACUGAGGAGGCGGUGCUUAGUUGCACCAAGAAGGCUUUCAGUCUCCUUCCCAAUGUCCAGUCAGCAAUCGCAGAAUUAAGCACACUCAAAGGACUCGGACCUGCUACAGCAUCAGCCGUAUUAGCAGCAGGAGCCCCUGGUGAAGCUGCCUUCAUGGCUGAUGAGGCAGUGGAAAGCAUCGCUGAUCUGAGACCAGUUCAGUACACAGCAAAGCACUACUCCCUCUUCUUACAGAAAAUACUGCAUAGAACAGAUCAGCUCAACGAAGUGGACAGUGAACAGGACUGGACACCUCAUAAGGUGGAGUUGUGCUUAUGGGCAUGGGCUGUGGCCAGUCAGAUUCAGCCCUUGCUGCUGGAGAAGUUUUCUCUGAAUGAUGCCGCACAUGAGACCAAAGAAAAGCCAGGGAAGAGAAAGGAAACCAAUGAGCAGUCAUCUAAAAGACAGAAGACACACUAGUCCAAGAAGAUCUGACUUUACCUGUGUUUUGAUGUUGGACUCUUUGUGAAAGUUUCUCAGUUAACAUCAACCAAAGGGUUCAUGGGUUUCUGUUUGUUUUGUAUGCCUAGCAAGUUUUACUAUGUAAAAUAAAGCCCCCGUUUUUGCAGGACAGACAUGUUUAUUUCUCAGUUUGAGAACUUAAGUGCAUCUUAAGGACACACUGAAACGACUUAUUCUGCACCAUGAACAGAUGCCCACUGUCCAUGAGAGAGUGGGCAGCACCUACUGUCUGAUUUAUACCCAAGUGAAAACAGAGUUCUUUGCAGACGACAAGUUAGCACAGGAACAGAUUUGUAUGUUCAUGCUUUCGUGUUAAAAGUUUUCAAGCUAUUUUCUUGUUCAAGAGUUGAAAAAGUUAAAUAAAGGAAGAAAGUUUUUACAGAA